GACCUCCAGUAAAGAGGCUAGCCAUAGUUUGUUUUCUUUGGUGUCGUCCGCAUUGGCUGAACAGACCGUCGAUCAGGCCGCUAUACUCAUUGUCCGUCCUGAAUAAGGCAUCCUACAUCUGAAAAUUUCUGACGACAACAGUUAACCUAUUGACCUAAAGGAAAACGCAUGACUAAAUCCUGGCUAAAUGUUCAAGUGGGAUCAACAUUGUAAGUGAAUAUUGACAUUUUUGAGAGUUGGGACUUAUACUUUAAACUUUUAUGCAAGUUUACGAAGAUGACUAGAUUAACCCCAUUCUCAAUGAAAGAUGAAUUCAAGUCAAAGUGUUGGGCUCCAUUGGAGCAAGAGAGUACUGAGAACAUGGAUGCGUGUGACGCUGAGAUGACACCCAGAGAAGAGGAUGAGAAAACCAUCAUGGAGAAUUUUAGGAAAGAUAUGAAAGAAAGCAAUGUAAAUGUUGAUUUGAUCAUGUCUAAAUACCGUUUUGAGUAUGAGGUCAGCAGAAGCCAGGAAGACAUUCUUUUUAAGAAAUUAGAGUCUGCAGUGGCUUUGAAGAAAGAAACAAAUCGGAGUACUCCAGAGAAGAUUGGAGAUCAAAAAGCCUCAUUGAAAAGCCUAACAUCAUCUAAGAGGAGCUCAGGGAAAUCACAACAUGAGAAAAGAUGUACCACAAGCAUUAAACAACACUCGAAACGCCUCGUGCAAACUCCAACAUACAAUAAGAGUCAGAUUCACCACAGAGAGCACAAAAUAAAACGAACCUCCACCAACAGACAGAAAAUCCGAAUUCCUGAAAAUGUUAUGUUUAAAAACACGUGUCUGCAAUCAAGAAAUCCGUCCUUUUGUCGGAAACCAAUUCUUAAAAAGAGAGACAACUGGCUUCAUAAAAUCUUCCUGUUCUUGAUCCUGCUACAAGUGACGGCAGCACAGGAAAAAUCUGUUGCCUCCUCUGACCAUGACGAGUUCAGCACUCUGAGGUUAAACAUAACAUCCCCAGGGACCUUAGUAAUCACCUGGGGUAGUAAGGAUAUACACGUGCAUCACACCCCAGAGUCAAUCAGUGAACGUACUCCAAACGCUGAAGCCGGCCGGCAGGAACAAGACACUGCAGACUUCGAGAAGCUGGACAUGAUGUUGCUGUUUGGACUCUUUGUUGUGUACAAUGUGACCCUGUACAGUAGACAGCUCUGUAGAGUCACGGUCAAGCAUAAAGACCAACUGCUGUUCAGCAUAGUGGUAACAAAGGAUACGACGGUCGGCAGUAUAUUCAGAAGAGUGCAGACAUCCCAGGUGUCUCCAGGCAGUAGAGCACUGGAAGGGUAUUUCAGAAGCAGGAGUUGUCCUUUUCUGAAUCCAAAAAAAGUUAUUCAUGACAUACUGGAGCCAAUGGACGGCAUUGAUAUAUGCCUUGUUUUCAUCGAAGCCACAUAGAAAAGAAAACAGAAACUUUUUUAUUCAUACUCUUACGUAACAGUUUAUGAUGUUCUGAUUUGUCUAUCUGCUUAUCAACAAGUAAUAAAUCAUUAUGAAACCAUAAAA